GUUUCAGAAAGAUGGAAGAACUGUAUCGCCAUUGGCAAACAGCUCAGCGGAACAAGGUUCAUAUCGUUCAAAACGCCACUAGACGACGAGUACUUCACUCAUCAUCUGCCACCAAAUCUGGCCCCAUUCACGCCAAAUUUGUUGGUUGAUGAAGUCAAAAGGCAGAACUUCAGUUUGGGAUUGCUUAUUGAUUUAAUCAAGGGAAAAAAUUAUUACAAUGAGAGAUCGCUAACAAAUUUUGGGAUAGAAUACAAAAAGAUUUACAUUUGUGGAUGUAAGUUAUCAGACGCCAGGCUCGUUCGAGAAUUU